CAAUGACACCUGGAUUUUGUUGGCGCCCUCUUCAGCUGUGCCUUGCAGCUUUCUCUUCUCCUUGUUCCCUCUCUCUCUCUUCCUCACGGCUCUGGGCUCUUCUCUGUGAUCGCGUUGUUCUGAGCAGGAGCGCCGUUCCGCAUGGGCGCAUUUCCCUUAUCUUAGGUUUGCACCAAGUGAAACGCCCCGGCUGACCAUUGAUUUCCCCCUCCUUUCACGGGUCGCUCGGCCAGGCUUCUUUCCCUGAACGGCCCUCGGCCGCGCAUUUAUUGCUUCAGUGACCGCUUAAGAUGGCCUACAACGCCGUUUCCCAGGCCGACCACGAGGUGGCUUCCAACGCGACCGAUUCGGACCAUUCCCGCAGCCCAUCGCCGCACCCUCAGCACAAUGGCCUCUUCGAGCAGCUGCCUCUGGAUGCCGACCAUAUCGGGGCGGGCUCCUAUCUACAGCCGGCCAAGUCGGCCGAGGAUUCUGGCAUCAAAAGAUUGGGCUCCAUGAUCCGGUCCAUGACCUCCACCAGCUACGAUAUGGUGGAGGAGGAUGACUACGAAAUUCCCGCCGAUCCUUCAGCGAACCACAGUUCCAAUAGUCCCCGUUACGUCCCUCCGCUAGAGACAGUCCCUCAGACUAGUUCUACAACCCCUGAACCGACCCUCCGCACCCCAGUCACCGACCAACCCGUGCCUCUCAGCCAUCCUACACCCGAUCUCCAAUCGCUGCAAGGAGCCUACCUCAAUAAUGUAGAGCGGCUUGAAAGGAGCGCUGAACGAAUGAGCCUAAGUUCCAAUAUUGGGAACGAGAUUCGCAAGAUGGACCAAGAACAAAAGCGGCGUUCGUCUAGUUCGGCCUCCAACUCCACCCAUGUCAGCAACCACGACGGCUUCAGACCGAGUCUGUCGUCCCGUCACGGUUCCAUACAGUCUGCAUCCCGUUUGGCGCAAGUUGCAGAGCAUGCGCCGGCACGCUUCUACGGCGAUUCGAUCUCCCGGGUGCCUGCGAUGCCUUAUCUUCCCCCUCCUCCUCCACCAGCCGCGCACGGCGAGCACGACUUUGUCCAGCAGGACUACUACGACCAGGAGCUGGGAGAAGAGCUCGAACGAACAUACACAGCUGCUUCUACCGACACAUACCAACAGGCGAGGGUUCUCUUCAAUGACUUUGAUGGCGUGCAUUAUGUUCCGAAUGAGAAUAAUCUGGGGCGGCGAGUGUCGCUGACGAGGCCACCCCUGGCGAGCAGGUCCGAAGCCUACAAGGAGCCACAGACAGGCGAGAAUAUGGUUUACUAUCCUGCUCCUGUGCCGAGGAUGUUAAAUCUACCACCUCGCUUAUCGCAGAGGAACAGCUCGCAACGCGACAAGCGUCGCACGCAGCUUCUUGGUGCGGUCGCGGCUGAAAAUCGCAAGUCGGCGUUGCUUGCUGUCCAGGAUUCAGGCGAUGGUAGCGAUCCUAGACGCAACAAUCAGCCAACAAGCAUACCCCCACAGCUGCGCGCGAGUGUCUUCUUCGAUCAACCAGCUCCCUCCGUUGAUGUAGAGGUCACGCAUGCUUCAGCGGUGGCGACACUCGACAGCAUCCUUGAUGCUUCGACACAUGCCCCGGUCAAUGCCUUUACAGGGCAGGUCGAUUCUAGAGGCUAUGGUCAGGCGUCGGGUAAGCUGUCCAGAGAUCCAGCUGAGCACCGAAAGACGCUCUCCACGGGAAGUAUUAUUGGGCUUGACCAUCACCUCUCCGACCCGGAUCUCAAAGAGGUACCUCUUACGUCGGGUCGCUUCUACAACCAAACAGAAGGCGGUGCUGCAGAUGUUCAUGAAAGUACUUCACUUCGGGAUGAUACCCAUGAAGUUGGCGGUGCUGUUGGCGCUGAGGACACUCCUGAAGUCGACGAGGAGAGGCAUAAUCACGAAGAGCCAGAUGCUGAUUUCACUGGGCCACCCAACACACUACUAGCAGAGCUUGAGUUCAGAAAGACCCAGCUGAAACAACGACAGCGAACUGCGCCAGAAUCUGCAGGCUUACACUCAACUCUCCUUCAGCUGGAAGCGGUCGCACAGAAGCAGAGUGAACAUCGACGACAGAGACCGGUUACCCUGGCGUGGGAAGGACCAGAUGCUCACAAUCAGGAAGCCGAAGAUGAUGAUGACGUACCUCUGGGCAUGCUGUUUCCGGAAAACGCCAAUGUCGUCAACGAGGUGCGUCCACUGGGGCUUAUGGAAAGAAGGGAACUGGAGGAGUCAGAGCCCCUCAGUAGGCGUCGUGCUAGGCUCCGGGGUGAACCCGCACCGCGCAGCCCCGAAAUACGUCCGACCACCAUGUAUUCGACAAGUGCGCAAGGUGUCGUGGAACAAGAAGAUAGCGGUGACGAAGGGGAAACUCUGGCUCAACGGCUAAAGCGACUGAAAUCUAAAGACCAGCCCGCUACAACCUCGGACAGCGAUUUUGCGAAUGAAAUCCUGGCCGAGAUCAACCACGUUGGGGAGGACGGGGAAACCAAGGAGAAGGAAAUUGCGCCGGAAGAUGAGACCCUGGCCCAGCGUCGGGCUCGCCUCCAGAAGGAGGCUGAGGCUGAGGCCCGACAGAAUUCCACAAUGAAGAUCCCUAGGUACCGAAGGAGUAUGGCAGAUAUCCUUCACGCCCGGCGUCCCACCACAACCGGACGACCGUUGACAAAUGAUGCUGCAGCGCCUCCGCCCAUGCAUCAGCGCACCCUGGACCAUCGAAUGUCUCUUCAACAAUUUCCGUCGAAGUUUGGUUCUCUUCCGGCUGCAGGAUACCCCCAGCAUCAAGGGGCUGCAGAGACCGUUCCUUACGGCCCCGGAAUGGCCCAUCCCAACACGUUCUACAGUGAUGCGCUACUUAGCAUGAACCAUCUGAGCUAUGCCGUGCCGAACAAGUCCAAGGUCGUCCGACCAAUGGUGGAAUCGGGGCAGCGAGAGAUGAUCGACCGUUGGAGACAGAGCAUAGUCUAGAACAGUUCUGUGCGGUCUCUUCCAUACUCCUGUUCUUGUCGCUUGGGGAUUUUAUUUGAUAGGAUUUUUUGUUUCUGUCUGGUCAAUUACUUGCGAGGUAUAUCUACAGGUUUUAGCGUAUCUUGUUAGCAUGAGGGCCCGGAUGCAUGAGCGAUUGUGUGCUGCUGAAUUCAUUGCAGAUUAGCGAAAUCUCUAGGUUGUAUAGGUGUCUAGUAGCAUGCGGGUCUUACCUUUUACCCCUGUCAUAGUGACGAUCAUCGCAAUGGAAUGCGUGCCAUCAGUGGUCGGUGAGUGUUUUGAUUCGAGGAUGAGCUGUGAGUAUAUGCAACAUGAAGAUAUGCUGAUCGAUUGUCCCUGGGGGUGUCAAAGAUGACUGGGAUCAUCGAGGGGGGGUUGUCGUCAUUAUUCUUAGUGCAUGGCUCUUAUUAUUAGACUUAAUAUAACUGGGGUGAUGAAAGGACU